GUAUUUAUUGAUUCAUUACACGAAUCUGUUGUAUGCAAUGGAAGUUACAAACAAUGGGCAAAAUGACAAUUCUUUGUUGUUAAAUAAGGAUUUUCUACAAAUUUCGUGUAACUGGCAUAUCAGUAAUAAUAAACAAUUUCAUGAUGCCUUCACUGUGGCUCCUUUAUGUGAAGAACCUAUAAAGAUCAACUGUGAAGAUAUAGUUUCUUUAAAUACAUGUAUAUCUUUACAACCAAUUCAGUCGGAUAACGAACCAUGCAUGUUAGAUAUAAAACUGAUUAAUAAUCAGAGGAUAUCUCGUAUUGCUGUAGUUUCAGAGGCUUAUGUAUUAGAAUUUUUCAAACAAUUUGGAGAAUACGAAAAAACAAUAUUUGCAGAACUUAUAGAUGACUUUGAAGAAAAUUUUAUUUAUUUUGCACAAGCAACAAUUAACCCUUAUUCUACAGAAGCUAGUAUUAAGUUCACAAAAACAAAAAGCAAAAAUUCAGUUCUGUGGAUAUAUGGGAUAAAAUUAUACUUAACAGAACCUAUUAAUGAACCUGAAAGCUUCUCUACAGAAAUAUUUAAUCCUGAAAUAAUAAAAAAUUUUCUUACUAAGUUUACCUUAAAUAAUGAAGGGAACAAUAUCACCAAUGCUGUUCAGUCAUCCACUAAAAGUAUAUCAGAUUCAUCAACAAACAAUAAUAUUGAACAAAGUAAUGAAAAAGAAAUAGUACAGUCUAUCACUGAAAAUACUAUAUCAAAUAUUACAGACAUUACAACUUAUAUUGAUCAGAAAUUUGGUGAUAUGGAAAAUAGAAUAAUGAAAAGGAUUGAAGAAGUGGAGCAAAGAACAAAUCAGAAACUUGAUAUGAUUUUAAAACAGUUAGAAACUCAAUUUUGUGCCAAAUGACUUUCAUUCUAUAUAAUACAUUCUUGUAAAUAACUAACAAUGUAUUUAAUGUAUGUAAUUUAAUAUGUAAAGUACAAA